CAAAUUCUACGAUAAAUUUAGAAUUACAAGCACUCAAUUAUCGACACGUAUUAUAUUCUCUUACUUAUAAUACACUUCCUAAUUAUACUCUCGAUAAAGCUGUACAAUUAACCGUUCAGACCCACCGUCAAACUUUAGCAUUUAAUAAGGAUCCAGGAAGUCGUAUUUCUGAAUAUUUUGAGACACCUACACCAA